GGCUAUCAUGAUGUCCUGGAGAGCAUCGAAGACUCACUGUCAUGUUUUGCUAACCAGUCUCCUCCAGAAUGAUGACAGCAAGAUGGAUUCAACUCAGAAGGAAGGAAGGUCACAAUCAUACAAUGUUAUGCUACGCACCUACAAAUAAUGCAGAUGAAGAGAAGAAGGAGGAAUUCUACAGACAACUGCAAUCAACACUAGACAAGACGACACCCCAGUUGGUGACAUCAAAAUCCAUUCCAAUUGUCAACAUUAAUGCCAAACUGGGAGCAGACAACACAGGAAGAGCACUAACUAUAGGUCGAGAAGUACUCGGUGAGGUGAUGAAAGAGAAUGGAGAAUUGUUUGCAGAAUUCUGUGCAUUCAACUCUUUGUUGAUUGGAGGCACUGUGUUCAAGCACAGAGAUAUACACAAAGUGACAUGCAUUUGAUUACACCAGAUUGACACACUAAAAAUCAGAUCGAGUUCAUGUUCAUGUGAAGAAAGUGGAGACGCAACCUACAUGACACCAGAUCAGAUGAAGAAGAGGAGCAGAUGUAGGUUCACACCACUCACUUCACUAUCUAAUGCAAGGAACCUACCUUCCAAAUCAAGUUAAAAGCCUUCAAGGAAGCUGGCGAU